GAAAAUUUGGAAAAGGAAAAUAUCGUAUGGAAAAGGAAAAUUUGUCUCUCCUAAUCAAAAAAGGAAAAAACGAAUUUAGCUCUCUAUAAAAGGGAUCUGGCCAAAUUGAAAACAUGUAUUCUUGAAUCUCAACAACAACAACAACAACAUGGUAUCAUCCUCUCUGCUCUCGUCUGCUUCGUCUAUAAGGAAAUCUAGGAAAACAAGAAUUUGCCUCGAUUCUUUACCGGAAGAUCUUCUUGUGGAGAUUUCGUCAAGCAUCGCAGCUUCUUCCUUGUCAGAGGUUCGUAGUCUCAGAUUAGUUUCGAAACCGUUUCGUAAUAUCUGCGAUGAUCAAUAUGUUCUCUGCCGACUUUCGCUUCAAGAAACCCCUCUGUUCCCAUGGAAUCACGACAAUGAAACGUUCUCCAAUUUCUUUAAAAGAUGUCGCAAGAAUGGAAACCCCGAAGCUUUGUUUCGCAGAGGAUUCAUCCACUACUUUCUUGAUAACCGUGAGCACAAAGGACUCAAAUAUUUAGCUAAAGCUGCAGAAAAAGGAAACAAAGAGGCAAAAUAUGUCUAUGGGCUGAUUCUAAUCUGUCUUGGAGGCCAAACAAAACAAAAGGGUUUCAAGAUCUUGUCUUCUCUUGUAAAGCCGUUGAUGUCAACUACGAUAGAGGAUCUGGUGGAACUUCGACACAAGAUUGAAAAGAUUAGAGAGUUCCUUUGGGAUCAUGCCAACCCGGUGAUGGAACGACUCAAAACAGAGUAUGUUCGAGAGAAGUGCAAGUGCGACGGUAAAACCACGACGUUCUUAGCAAGGAAUCCAUACGGUGAGGACAAAGACAUGAAUACUUCUUCUGCUUGUGAGUUUUGUCUGUGGGAUCACGAAGUUGAACUUUUCUGUAAGAGGAUUUAG